AUGCCACUGGCUCGGCAGCCUCCCGCAGCGCCCAGCACCGAACCCGGGUUGGCAGCGGCGCUCUGGGGCAGCGGGAAAUACGCGAGUGGGCGGUCCCGGGUCGCGCAAGCCGCGUCCUUAUCUGGGCCUGGCGGGAGCGCGUCGCGGCACCGACGGCCGCCCCCAGCGCCGCGCAGGCUCUGCGGCCGCAGCCAGGGAGCACUGGAGACGGGUGCGCUGGCAGUGCGGGGACAGGGGGUCGGGAGGAGCUCGACCCUCGCGAGUGGUCGUCUUCCCUCCUCCCGCAGAUGCCACUGCGAGGGCCGCCGCGCCAGCCCGCUCCUUCCUAGGUCCCUCGGGUCGGGGCGGGCCGAAGGGUCGCUCCGCCUGGCCCUGCGCCCCCCACCCACGCUGACCCAAGUGCCCGCCCCUCUGCGGGGGCCGCGGCGCAAAGCUCCCACAGGUGGGGGAGGGACGAGCAAGCCCGGGCCAGAACCGCCGUGUCCUCGGCCCGCGGCGCCCGACUCGGUCCCGCUAACCCCGCACCCACUGUCGCAGGGGUCGCUGAGGCUGCGGGCGGGUGAGCGCGUCCAGUGCGGGGCUCCCGCUCUCCGCGACACACUGAAGUCGCAGGAAAGCCCCACCAGGCGACCCGGGUCCGACCCGCAGGCGGCCCGCAGCCCGGCCGGUUCUCCUGAUGCAGGUCCAGACCCGCGCGUCUUCGCCUCAAGACAAGGGUCGCCGCCUCCUGCGGCCAGGAACGGGCGGCCACCCAAGUCAGCGGGUCGGGGAUGGAGGGAGCUCGAGCCUCCUCCCUCCCCUCCAGCCUUCGCGGGAAGCCGGAGAAGGGCAGACCCGCCGCCCGUCGCGCUCCGCGUCCCCGCGGCCGCACCCCGCCCCCUGGAGCCCGUGGGCUCCGCCGCUCACUCACCGCGCCCCGCGCCCCGCGCCCCGGCUCCCGCCGCAGCCUGCAGCCGCGGCUCCCGACGCCGCCGACUCCGGCCGGUCACUGCAGGCCCCGCCGCCCCAGGACCGCGAGGGGGCAGGGCAAGGCGGAGCGCAGCGGGGCGGGGCGGAGCCGCUGCCUCAGGUAACAAUGCUGCGGACCGGGCUGCUCCCCGCGCCGGCCGCGAAGGGCAGCACGCCCUUUCCUGCUCGGCGGCCUCCCUCGCUCCUCCUCCACCCUCUGGGCGCCGCCGCUGCCGCCAGCGCGCUCGCCUUCACCUGCUCGGGGCUCUCGGAUGUGGGGAGCCGCCGCUCGCUAGCUGCUCCCGGCGCGCGAAGACUGUUGCGGGGCUGCGGAGGGAGAUAGGGGAGGAGAGCGACGGAGCCUGCGCGGCUGUGAAGAGGAGCCGGGUGUCCUAGUGGAACGAGCUAGGAGGCGCCACGCUGGCUUCUGAGCAGUGACUUGUGACGCCAGGCAGUGAGGAGCGAGUCGUCAAAGAAAACUAAUCUCGGGCAAACCGGCUGCUAGAAAUCAGCCGCCGGGGUGUGAGGCGCCCUCUGCGGGGAUGAAGUCAUCACCACCUUUGACUCCGUGAUCCGAUAACCGACCUCGGCUUUUCCAGCCUCAGGUGCCUGAGGACUUCCUCCUUCUCCACCCUGGUCCUCGGUUCCUGAACCCACAGGGCAGAAUUCCUCGUGUGCCUUGGAUAGAAAAAGAGGAACUAGUAGUGUAGACCUAGCGACCAAGCAACAAAAUCCCAAACCGCGUCACCAAUAGCUCGUGUUCUUGGUCAUGGAUCAGGUGUACACUCAGAAAGAGGAAACGGAUGCAAGUAAGAUCACAGAAAAUCUCAAGGAGUGAGAAAAUGUGAUUAAAGACAGCCCCAUGUUUUAUUUUGAGAUUAAUCCCAAAUGAAUAUUGACUAGACUGGCAAAAGUUAAAUUACAGGGCGCCCUAAGGGAGGAGCGGAACGGCAUCCUCUGCCUUUCUUUUCCCGGGCAGCCUUGUCCGAUGGGGAGUCCACACCCGCUGCCUACUUCCCACUCCUCCCGCCCUGGAAACGUGGGCUCGCAACACUGUUCUGAGCAUGCGCUCUAAAUCAGUCACCUUUUAGCCCUGCCUGGUGAUGCUCACCUGUAAUCCCGGCUACUGUGAGGCAGAAGCAGGAGGAUCGCUUGAGCCAGGAGGUCUA